AUGCUGGAUGAGGACGACACAUUCGCCUCGGUGAGCUGGGAGGACGACGCCAAGCCAAACGAACACCCGCAGACCAGCAACCACCUCUACCAGCAGGAACCCAUCCACUACCCCACCCACCAGGACCUUGCCUCAGAACAGCCCCACCAGACCACCGCCACCACCAGCAAUAACAGCCAGUCAAGCAGGAGACACUCCACCGGAAACCUCAUCCCAGAAGACCCCCAACCAAACGCACUCCUCACCCUCCAUGUCAAGCUGCCCGUGCGCGAACUCGAAGGAACAAAAGACAGCUUUGUCUCCUAUCUCGUCUCUGCCCAGACCGAUCUGCCUAUCUUUCAAUCCCCAAACCCCUCCUCAAGAAGACGGUUCCAAGACUUCGUCUUCCUUCAUGACCACCUCGUCAAGGACUUUCCUGCCUCCGUCGUUCCUCCGCUCCCCGAUAAAUCCAGAUUGAAAUACGUCACUGGUGAUCGAUUCAGCCCCGACUUUGUAGAGCGGCGUCGGAGCGGGUUGGAGAGAUUCAUGCAGAGAUUAGCGCGGCAUCCGACGCUAUCGCGGUCGAAGCUGCUGCGCUCGUUUAUCGAGUCCACCCAAUGGAACGUGGACAUGCACACCCAUCUGGCCCAUCCGCCCGUCCCGGAAGCCCCGGCAACGCUGCUCGAGAUGGCCUCCGACACCCUGCUCAACGCCUUCUCCAAGGUCCGCAAGCCCGACGAAAGGUUCCUCGAGAUCAGAGACGGGCUCGAACGCUUCGAGGAACGCCUGGUCGCUAUCGAACGCAUCGAAGGAAGGUCCAAGACUCGCAUCACUGACUUGGCUAGCGACUACGAAGACCUCGCCGCGUCUUUCCAAGGCUUAGGAUUCCUCGAAUCUGGGAUCACCGAUCCGCUCUCCCGCUUCGAAUCAGCCUUACUAGACUACAGCAUCGGCUUACGCGACUUAAACACGACGACGACGACGCCACUGUUGACGAAGCUAGUCUCGUUGAUCAACUAUUCGGACAGUUUCAGGAACGUGUUGAAGUUACGGGACCAGAAACAGCUCGACUUCGAGGACCUCUCCUCCUACCUCUCUAAUCUGACUACCGAGCGAGACCGGAUCGCGGCCGGCUUCUCGACUAAUAUGGGCAUCUCUUCCUACUUGAAGGAGAAGCUCGAGUUUAUUCGGAGUGGAGCUGAGACUGAUACGAGUCGGGAAGCCAAGAUCCAUAAGCUGGACGGCAAGAUCAAAGACCUGCAAGAGGCGGUCACUUCGGCCCACGAAACGUCAGACCAAUUCAACCAAGAAGUCAUCAAAGAAUUCAAGGUGUUCCAGGACUCGAAAGCCGUCGAACUGAAAGAAAUCUUGAACGAUUUGGCCGAUGGGAACAUUUCCAUGUACAAGAAGUCGAUCCAGGAUUGGGAAAACAUGAUCCCUUUCUUUGAACGGAUUCGAGUCGAUACUUAA